AUGGCGUUUCGAAUCAUCAUGUGUUUCUACUUGUUCCUUCUUUCUCCUUUCCUUUCUUCUUCUCUCAACCCCCCAUUAUGCAAUUCUCAUGAUUCCAUUGCACUUCUUCAUUUUAAAAACUCUCUCUCUCUUGAUCAUUCUGCUUCAAUGGAGUGUGAUGAGUUUAAGAACACAUCUUACCCAAAGACAGCUUUGUGGGGAAAUGAUUCAAACUGUUGCUUGUGGGAUGGGAUCACGUGUGACUCCAUGUCUGGUCAUGUGAUUGGCCUUGAUCUUAGUUGUAGUUGGCUCCAAGGUCACCUCCAUCCUAACAGUAGCCUCUUCGAACUUUCUUAUCUCCAAGCACUCAACUUGGCUCACAACAAUUUUAAUGGGUCUUUAAUAUCAUCUCAUUUUGGUGGUCUUUCCACUCUCAUGCAACUAAACUUAAGUGCUUCUGUUUUUGCUGGUGAAAUUUCUCCUAAAAUUGCAGAAUUGUCCAAGUUGGUCUCUCUUGAUUUGUCUAGGAAUGGAUUUUUCUCAUAUGAUGGAUGGUUAAGACUUGAACUGUCCACUUGGGAGAAGCUUGUUCUAAACAUGACUGAUCUAAGAGAACUUGUUUUAGAUGACAUAGAUGUGUCUUCCAUUGCAUCAAGCUCCUUGUCUUUGAAGUCGCUUAACAUUUUGAGUCUUGAAGGUUGCAGAUUUGAUGGGCCUAUUCCUGCAAGUUUUGGGAACCUCACUCACUUAAUUGAUUUGAACCUUGCAAAAAACAAUUUUAGUGGUAAGCUUUCAUUUCUUUCAAAUCUUCAAAGUCUCACUUCAUUGGACCUCAGUGACAAUUAUUUUAGUGGUCUCUUACCGAAUUCCAUAAGCCAUUUGAAGUCUCUUGAUUUUUUGGGUCUUCGGGGUAACCAAUUUCAUGGGCCUAUUCCUGUAAGUUUUGAGAACCUCACUCAAUUAACUUAUUUGGACCUUGAAUUUAACAGUCUUAGUGGUGAGCUCUCAUUUCUUCCAAAUAUGUCAAGUCUCACUUUAUUGGACCUCAGUGGCAAUUAUUUUAGUGGUUUGUUACCAGAUGUGUUUGUAAAUCUUUCAAAUUUGAACAUUCUUGAUUUCUCUGAUAACAAGCUACAAGGUAAUUUUCCGGAGUCAAUAUUUACACUCAUAAAUCUUUCUCAUUUGAUACUAUCAUCAAAUAACUUGAGUGGCUCUGUUAAUUUUUGCCAAUUUUCCAAGCUUCAAAAUCUAAAAUAUCUUGAACUUUCAAGCAACAAGUUUCUCUCACUUACCUCUGAUAAUAAUCUUAACUACACCAUUCCCAAUCUUUCGAGCUUAUAUUUAGAUUCUUGUCAUAUCACUAUCUUUCCAAAAUUCAUAGGCCUUCCAAAUUUGCAGAGGUUAAAUCUUGAUGAUAAUAAGUUGCAAGGUCUUCCUGAGUCGAUUUUUGGUUCCCUAAAUCUUUCCUAUCUAACUGUGUCAUCAAAUAAUUUGAGAGGCCCUAUUAGUCUUCAUCAAUUCUCAAAGCUCCAAAAUCUACAAUCUCUUGAUCUUUCGAACAACAAGUUUCUCUCACUUAGCUCUAGUAAUGAUGUUCACUAUACCAUUCCCUAUCUUAUAGAGUUGGAUCUAUCCUCUUGCAACAUCAAUGACUUUCCUAAACUAUUAGGAAACCUUGAAAAUUUGAAGUAUUUAUAUCUUUCCAAUAACAAAAUUCAUGGAGAUAUUCCCCAAUGGUUCAAUAAUGUGGGGAAUGGUUCUUUGUAUGCUUUGGAUCUCUCUCAUAACAACUUGACAUCAGUUGAACAUCUUUCAAUGAGAAACUUAAUGUGUCUUGAUCUCAGCUUCAACUUGUUGCAAGGCAACCUCCCAAUUCCAUCCUUUGGUGCUUAUUUCCUUUCAUUGUCCAACAACAAAUUCAGUGGGCACAUUUCUUCCUCAUUUUGCAAUGCAAGCUCACUUGAGAUACUCAACUUAUCUCACAACAACUUGUCAGGCCACAUUCCAAAGUGCCUUGUUGCUUUCCCAAAUCUUACGAGUUUAGAUCUACAGAUGAAUAAUUUUGUCGGAUCUAUACCAGAUAAUUUUUCUAGGAGCAAUUCUUUGGAGUCUUUGCAUUUGAACAACAAUCAAUUUGAGGGACAGUUGCCUUUGUCUUUGACCCAUUGCAAGCAAUUACAAAUUUUAGAUGUGGGAGCAAACAAGAUCAAUGACAAAUUUCCUAGUUGGCUUGAAGGCUUAUUAGAGCUACAGGUACUCAUUUUAAGAGAUAAUGAGUUCUAUGAUGCCAUUCAUAGUUCCAACACCAAACAUCCUUUUCCCAUGUUAAGAAUUUUUGACGUUUCCAACAACCGUUUUAGAGGAUCUUUGCCAACAACAUACAUCAAGGAAUUUAAAGGAAUGAUGAAUGUUGACUUUGUUUCAGGCACACCAAAUUACUUGGAAAGCAAGUAUGCUGCUUAUCAAGAAUCAGUGAUGGUCACAUUGAAAGGUGUUGAUUUGGAGUUGGUAAAGAUCAUAACUACAUUCACAUCAAUUGAUUUGUCAAAAAACAUGUUUGAUGGAGAGAUUCCACAUGUUAUCGGUGAGCUGCAUUCACUUAAGGGGCUUAAUCUCUCCCAUAAUAAAAUCACUGGUCCUAUUCCUCAAUCCAUUGCAAACUUGACAAACCUAGAAUCAUUGGAUUUAUCAUCAAACUUGCUUAAAGGUGAGAUUCCUCUUUCACUAGUAGAUCUUAACUUUCUUGAAGUUUUGAAUCUUUCACAAAAUCAGCUUGUUGGAGAAAUACCAAGAGGUAAGCAGUUUGAUACAUUUUCACAAGAUUCUUUUGAGGGAAAUUUAGGACUGUGUGGAUUUCAAUUGUCAAAAGCAUGUAAUCAUGAUGAAGGGAAAUUGCCACAACCAACUUUAUCAAGUAAUGACAAAUUUGGAUUUGGUUGGAAACCAGUGGCUUUGGGAUAUGGAUGUGGGAUGGUGUUUGGAAUGUUCAUGGGUCAAGUUUUUUUCUUAAUUGGAAAACCUGAAGGGCUUAUCAGAAUUUUUCAAGCUAGGCCUAAGAAACAAGCAAAAAGGACAAGGAAAAGAGCCCAUCAGAAUCAAAGAAGAGUGAAUUAG